AGCGCGGGCACAAGAAAAAAAAACAGAGCGGAAGUAAGCUCUACGCAUUAAACGUAAAGCCACCGAGUUGAACAGAGACACUAAAUCGGUUAUGUAAAGAGAAGUGCGUAUAUGUUUCUGAGAAUGAUAUAUUCUGCAGGCCAAUGUGUAGGCGGUUUUAAACAGUGUAGUCCCAGUUUGUAAUUCGUUGGAGAUGAAUUUAUAUAUUUUUUAAGGUUUAUUUAUUUAAUUCCGUUUUCAUUUAUGUCCAAGGAAUACAAAUCUGCUACAGUCAGUGGUCCUAUUGAAAAAAAUGGAACAAACAAACACAAACAGCAGAGUAACCGUAUGGAAUAUCUAAGACGACUCUUUGGCUGUGAAGAAUGCCGAUUCGUGCAUACUGCACCAUCUGCUCAGAUUAUUUCGAUAACUCGAAAGAUGUGGCUGCUAUACACUGCGGGCACACCUUUCAUUAUGACUGUCUUCUUCAGUGGUUCCAGACAGCUCCCUCCAAAACCUGUCCACAGUGCAGGAAACAGGUCAGCCCUAGACACAUCAUAAGCAAGCUGUUCUUUGAUCAAGUAUUGGAAGAGGGGGCCCCCACUCUGGACCCUGAGAGCCUACAGAAUGAAUUGGACAGGAUCCGGGUGCUGCUCAGCACAAAAGAGUCAGAGUGGAGGGAAAGCCAGAAGAUUAUUGACUCCCUGCGGGAGACUGUUAAUCACCGCAACACCACCUUGGAGUCCCUGAAGAGGAGUCUAGAGGAGAAGGAAAUGUUGUGCUCCACCCUUAGGAAACAGAUGAAGUACCUGGAGAACCAGCAGAAUGAGACCAAGUCUGCAAAAGAGGAAACACGACGCCUGAGGACCAAGAUGAAAACAUUUGAGAGUCUUGACCUACUUCUCCAGGGCCAGCGUGGGGAGGUGGAGGCCAUGAUCCGGGAUAUGGGAGUGGGCCAGAGUGCUGUCGAGCAGCUCUCCAUCUACUGCGUCUCCCUCAAGAAAGAAUACGAAAACCUGAAAACAAACCACAGAACCUCAAAUGAGAUGACUGAAAAACUCAAGAGAGAACUGUUUUCAUCAAACAGCAAGUUAGAUAAGGCUGUAUUGGAGCUGAAUCGAACAAAAGACGACUUGAAAGCAGCCCAGCAGGAACUGGUGAAUGCUGACAAACAAAUCACGAGUUUGAAGAAGAAAGUGGAGUUCCUGCAGAAGACUUUGAGCACACCGUCUCGUACCAAUGAAGCCAUCAGCCGGCUGGUCUUUGAGAGUCCAGCACCCGUCCAGUUGAAACAGCCCUGCCUGCGACGACCAAUGAACAGCGAGGACAUUGACCUUAACAUGACCUUCGACAUCUCCACCCCAGAGGACCUAAACAAGAAACCUGUCACUGCCCCUUCCAAAAAGAUCAGACUGGAGGCCAUGCAAUCUGCCUCAAGCCAGCCUGCUAAGUACUCCAUAGAAAACAAGAGCGCCAAAGGCAAGGAAGCAGAGGAGGAUAUUGUUCUCGCUCCCUUCCUAAGCAACUCUCUGCUCUUCAGAAAGAACACUUUUGGAAGUCUGCUUGAUCCACAGAGAGGCAAAGGGGGCGCUAUAAGAACUGGUUUUGAUGGACUUGGAGGAAGAACGAAGUUCAUACAACCUUCUCCUCUCGCAGAUAUCUCUCCACCAGUACGGAAGGUUAAGCGUAAGAAAGUAACAAGGCCACUGAAUGGGAUGCUUUCCGCCAAACUGCAAAAACUAGAUGGCUUUCUGCAGCUCUGACUGCUUGUGGCCAAUAAAUCAUCACUGAGGGAAAGCUGCUGUAUCUCCUAACCUGCACUUCUUUCCAAAUCUACUAGUGGCUCAAGUAUGAAUUGGACAAUUUAAAGACAAACAGUCUUGUGCUGACCAGCUCUAGUAACAGUGCUUGGAUGUAUAGAGGUGUUAAUACACUUAAAUAAGGUUUCUUCCAGUAGGUCUUGUGUUCUUCCAUCAUGAAAAAUGGCAACAGAAAGAUUGAAACUGCUAGGUUUGAGCACCAUCUCCAAGCUUAUUUCAGUGCACUGUAUUAAUUCUGAAACCAGUUUAAACUGUUCCGUGUUAGGAUCAAACUGAUGUGAAGGUGAUAGUAAAGAAGGGGAACCGUCGACUUCAGAUUUGCACUCGUGUGUUAAUUCUCAGUUGGUAUUUUUAUACUUGUUUUGUAUGUUGAAUUUGUGGUAUGUAUGUGUUUCAGAAAUUAAAGUGUAGGUGUAUAAAGUGUAUAGAUUAUUCCAUUCAUGUUACCAUAUGUUUCUGCCAUAUGAAAACAUUGUAUGAAUUAUUUGUGUAUAUAUAGAAAGUGUUUGUCUUUUUAAAUUUGCCCACAAAUAAAUAGUUGCAGUUUGUUACAUUUCAAUUACAGGUCAUGCCUAUUUUUGUAUAUUUAUUUUUUAAAUUUGUGUUAAAACACAUACUUUAAAAUACUUUUUCAAGCUGUAUUUUCUUGUUUGUUUAGAAUAAUACAAAAUUAACAUCACAGCCUUGUUCAGUAAUAAAGAAAGCUUGUACAACAGUUUAAAUGGCUGCAACCGAAUAUCUGGCUUGUAGCAUUUUUAUUGAACCAGCAUAUGGGGCUUAAAACAAGGGAUCAAAUCUGUGAUCUACACAUGCAGAGGCUUAUUUAAUUACCUGGAUGUCAGUUUGUCUGUGCCCGAAUGGAACCCAAUACUUCAAUAUGACAUGUGGCAUAUUUACUGGUGAUGUAAAAACGUCCAGGUGUGAAUGGGAGCUUUGUUUCGAAUCCAAUGUGUACUCUUUGUCCACGGCACUGUUGCUACUGGGUGGUGGUUUUACUUUUUUGUGUUUUAGUGCAACCGUGUUUAUAAUCAGUGAAACAAUAAAGACAAUACCGUUCAA